AUCGAUAUCGAUAUUACCAAAACAAACACAAACUAUAAGAAAAUAAUUUCGUUUAAUAAUGAGUUUAGAAUUAACCAACAUAAAUGGCGGCAAUGGCAACGAGAAUCCGUCACAAUCGCAGGACAAACGGGAGCUACUAUGCUUGCUCAAGCUGCUUAGAAAAUAUCAACUAAAAGGAACGGAGGAGCUGCUUUGCCAAGAGGCAAAUGUGAACAGUGCAGAUCUCGCUAAUAUCUGUGAUGGCGACGUCAAGGCAGUGCUCAGCGCUGCAUUGGCCCUGGCUGAUGACGACCGCAAUCGCCAGUCUGUCCAGGCACGAGCAUCAACGUCCGUCGAAGCGAAGGCUGUGACCGAAGCGAACGCAGCCGAAGCGUUGGCAAAGUUUAUAGGCGACGAUGCCUUUGAUGCCCAACAUUAUGAGCAGGCGUACGAGGAGUUGCGCACGUUUGUGGAGGAAUCGUUGGACAUUUAUAAGCACGAGCUGUCUAUGGUCCUUUAUCCGAUACUGGUGCAAAUCUAUUUCAAGAUACUUGCCAGCGGGCAGAUUGAGAAGGCGCGGGCGUUCAUUGAGAAAUACAAAUCGGAUCUCGAUGGUUACUAUAUCGAGGGUCUGUUCAACUUGUUGUUGAUAUCGAAGCCGGAGGAGCUGCUGGAUAACGAUCUUGUGUCUGCAAUGGAGACGGAUAAGUUCGUGAUACGAAUGUCGCGGGAUGCGCAUUCGCUGUUCAAGCGUCACAUACAGGACCGCAGACAGGAGGUGGUCGCGGACAUUGUAUCCAAGUAUCUACAUUUUGAUACCUACGAGGGCAUGGCGCGCAACAAGUUGCAGUGCGUGGCAACGGCUGGGUCGCACAUUGGCGAUGCGAAGCGACAGGAUAACAAAAUCCGUGUCUACUAUGGUCUGCUCAAGGAAGUUGACUUUCAGACGCUUACUACGCCAGCGCCGGCACCCGAAGAAGAGGACGAUGAUCCGGAUGCGCCAGAUCGACCCAAAAAGAAGAAACCGAAAAAAGAUCCGUUGCUAUCCAAGAAAUCGAAAUCGGACCCAAAUGCACCCGCCAUAGAUCGCAUACCCUUGCCGGAGCUCAAGGAUGCCGACAAAUUGCUCAAGCUCAAGGCGCUGCGUGAGGCCAGCAAACGUUUGCCGCUCAACAAGGAUCAGCUGCCCUCUGCCGUAUUCUACACAAUACUCAACUCUAUGCAGGGGGUCACAUGUGCCGAAAUAUCUGAUGAUUCCACAAUGCUGGCCUGCGGCUUUGGUGACUCCACUGUGCGCAUCUGGUCGUUGACGCCUGUGAAAUUGCGCGCACUAAAAGAGGCCGAUGCACUACGUGAACUCGACAAGGAGUCGGCCGACAUAAAUGCGCGAAUGCUUGACGAGCGCAGCGGCGAGAUGACGCGCUCCUUCCUGGGGCACACGGGUCCGGUCUAUCGCUGUGCAUUUGCGCCCGAAAUGAAUUUGCUGCUCUCCUGCUCUGAGGACAGCACAAUCCGGCUGUGGUCCCUGCUCACCUGGUCAUGCGUGGUCACCUAUCGUGGCCACGUCUAUCCCGUCUGGGAUGUGCGCUUUGCGCCGCACGGUUACUAUUUUGUGUCAUGCUCCUAUGACAAAACUGCUCGCCUGUGGGCCACCGACUCAAAUCAGGCGCUCCGCGUCUUUGUCGGUCACCUUUCGGACGUGGACUGCGUGCAAUUUCAUCCCAAUUCCAAUUACGUAGCCACUGGGUCCAGCGAUCGCACUGUCCGCCUAUGGGACGCCCUUACAGGCCAGUCCGUGCGCCUCAUGACCGGCCAUAAGGGCACGGUUAGCUCUCUGGCGUUCUCGACGUGCGGCCGUUAUUUGGCUUCCGGCGCCGUCGACCACAACAUUAUCAUCUGGGACCUGUCGACCGGCUCGUUGGUCACCACGCUGUUGCGGCACACCAGCACCGUAACCACGAUUACAUUCAGCCGCGAUGGCACAGUGCUGGCGGCUGCCGGACUCGACAACAAUCUGACACUGUGGGACUUUCACAAGCUCACCGAUGACUAUCUGAGCAACCAGAUUACGGUGUCGCAUCAUCAGGACGAAAAUGACGAGGACGUUUACCUGUUGCGCACUUUUCCCAGCAAGAACUCGCCGUUUGUGACCCUCCACUUCACGCGCCGCAAUCUAUUAAUGUGCGUCGGCCUGUUUAAGAGCUAGACGCUGUAUUUCCAAUAAUAUUGGAUCUUCAAAUGCAUAUAUUUUAAGCAAAGCAGUCAACCUUUCAAAACUCCAAGAAAUGAUUGCUGUAUAACUUUGAUUUUGUAACCAAUUCGUUUGAUUUUAAGAUACCAUAGUUUAAAGUAUUUUCAACAA